AUGAUAGGUAAUAUGGAACUACACGACGGAGAUAGUUUCAGUUCUAUUUCCACUGAAAUAGAACUCCCAUUUAGUACAAAACGCUCACGUAGAUUUAUAUUAUCAUCUUCCGAUGAGUCAAGCGAUGCAUCAAUUGAGGUUACCGCGCGCCCUAGACGAAAAUGCCGCCGAAUUGUAUAUAGCUCCGAAAGUGAAAAUGAAGCACAAAAUAUCACUAAUAAGUUACUAGACCAAUGGAUAAAUCCAAGUGGAAAUCAACCUGUACUUAUACCAUUCACGGGUACACCAGGAAUAACAUUAUUGGAUUAUUUAUGGAAAGAAGAAGAUUUUUACUUACUAUUUGUUACCGAAGAAAUGUUCGAAGAGAUAGCAGAACAGACUAACAUCUACGCGAUGCAAACAUUAGCUCAGAGACGGUCAUGUCGUUUGAACAAAUGGAUUCCUACUAACAAAUAUGAAAUAAAAAAACUUUUCGGCCUUCUCAUCUGGAUGAGAUUAGUAAAAUUACCCGAAAUACACUUAUAUUGGUCGAAAGAUCCAAUAUUCGCUCAAAGCUUUCCUCCAUCAGUAAUGCCAAAAAACCGCUUUGAGCUACUGUUGCGAAUGGUGCAUUUCGUGAACAAUGAAAAUGCAAAUGUUGGAGACCGCCUCUAUAAAAUAAAACCUAUUAUUGAUAAAUUAAGAGAAAAUUAUGGAAAAUAUUAUGAUCCACCAGAAACACUAUGUAUUGAUGAGUCCAUAGUACCAUUUUGCGGCCGUGUCUUUUUUAGACAAUAUAUAAAAAACAAACGGCACAGAUAUGGUGUAAAGUUAUUCAAAUUAUGUUUUAAACCGGGAUAUACGUACAAUUUUGAAAUUUACUGCGGUCAACAACUUGGCAAAGAAAAAACUACGCCUAAAGCGGUUGCUAUGUCGCUUUGUCAAAAUAUUUUCGAUAAGGGACAUACUCUUUGUAUCGAUAACUGGUAUUCUAGCAUAGAUUUAGCCCAAGAAUUUUAUUGCGAGGAACACUCAU